CAUUUUGCUUGAUCACAACGCUGCCCGGGCUGCCCGAACCCUCUCUGGAGAGAUUACGGUCAGCUCAACCAGAAACUCCACCACAACUCCCUUCCUCCCUUUUUUUUUUUUUUUUUUUUUUUUCUUUUCUUUUCUUUUCUUUUCUUCCUGCAGUUAUUAUUUGUUGCUGUCUCUGUGCCUCCCGAUUCGACGGUCCAGAUGAUAUUUCCCUCCGAUCUCGCUUCCUGAUUCCCAGAUCUACCGGAUCCUAACUCAGAUCUGCUCUUCUGUUUACAUUAGUAAUGGCGAUUAAGUGCGGCUCAGUCAACUUUACUACGCUUAGGCGGAGCCUGCUAAGUUGCGCCGGCGGCGAAGCGGCUUUAGCGGCUUUCUUAGUCUCGGUUAUGGUCAACGCUCGGCUCACUGUCUUCACUCAGGAAUACAUAAAGCUACUCAUUGGCUUAUACAAGUUUAGAGGAGAUGAUCAAACAUAUUACCCGGUGGAUGCGGACGACGAUGGUGACGAUGAAGAUGAUGACGACGAUGACGACGGUGAAGACAAUGACGAGGAAGGUGAGGACGGCAACGAUGAUGAUGGUGGCGGCAAAGCCACCGACCCCACAAAGCCCAGUGCCAAAAAGGGGCCCCCAACAGGAGGCGCCGAAGAAAACGGUGAAGGUGAAGAGGGUGAUGAUGAUGAUGAUGAACCGGAGGGUGGAGACGAUGAUGACGACGAUGAUGAUGACGAUGAAGAUGAUGAUGGAGAAGGUGGGGAGGAUGACGACGAGGAUGAUGAUGAUGGGGAAGAUGAUGAUGAAGCAGGAGACGAGGAAGACGAAGAAGAUGAGGACGAGGAAGCCUUGCAGCCCCCGAAGAAGAGGAAGAAGUGAAUGGGCUUCGAGAAAUAACAAGUUAGAUGGCUCUUAAGGUUGGUUGUUUUAGACUUAUUUUGCUAACAUUAAAGCAUGAAUGUUCUCUCUGGGUUGCAGAGGAGGCUUGUUUAGGAUUUUAUGGUUGCGUUUUCAGACAAUUCCCCCCUAUAUAAGUAUGUUUUUAUGAGUAUUUUGUACAACUCUCUCCUACUGUUGAGGCAAUGUCAAUCUUAGUUAUCUGAA